AUGGUUCCAGGCUCUGUGCAAAGUUUAUCAGACUUAUUUGAUAAUGCAAUUAAAUCAGGUCAGAAACAAAUUUUAUGUUGGUAUUAUUAUUCUCUAGAAUUCGAAAAUAAGGUUAAAAGCCUUACAGCAGAUGGCAAUAUUAAAGAUAAAACAGUAAGAUCAAAAAUAUAUAAGGAAAUGAAACCUUUUCUACCUAAUAUUACAGAUGUAAAUUUGCGUAAGAAAACUGAAAGAGCAAGAAAAUUCUUAAGCUAUUUGGUGAUGGAAGAUGCAAUUACUAUUUCGGGAUUGAAAGAUACUCAAAUUCAACAUAUUAUAAAUCAGGUGACUUCAAAAACCGUGACAAAAUGUCACGAUCGGAAUAAUUCUAAAGUAAGUGAAUCCAUCACAACUCCUAUCCCUUUGUCUAUAUCCCAAGUCUCGGAUUCUUCAGAUGCGAAAGCCAAG